AUGGCACCCACGCAAUCCGAGCGUACCCCGCUGCUGGGCCAGCAGAGGUCCGGCUCUGUCUCGCGACACCGUCCCAGCUUUGCUGCCAGCAUCGGUCGUCCUGACCUCACCGCCGAGGAAGAAGAUGCCAUCGCACAGGAGUCGGCCUUCAGCGCCAUCCAGGGUGCUGCUCACGGCGUCGACCCCAACUCGUCGGCGUUCGUGCCCCUCGACCAGAGCCACUUCUCCGUCGCCGGCAUCCCUGCUAUCGCGGAGGAGCCCGAAGAGCCCGCUCUUCGUGCCGACAUCUGGGUCAUCAUGGGCGCCAUGUGGAUCGGAUCUUUUCUGGCCGCCCUUGAUGGCACCAUCGUAGCCACAAUUCUGUCUGCUGUCGGCUCUGAGUUCCGCGUCAGUAAGGAGGUCGGCUGGCUGGGUACCAGCUACCUGCUCACCCAGACCGCCUUCCAGCCUCUCUACGGCCGAGCUUCCGACAUCUUCGGCCGCAAGCCCGCUACCCUCUUCGCCUCGGCCAUCUUCCUCAUCGGUUCGCUCCUCUGCGGUCUCAGCCAGACCUUCUGGCAGCUUUGCGCCGCUCGUGCCAUCGCCGGUAUCGGUGGUGGUGGAUUGACCACCAUGGCUACCCUGGUCACGAGCGACCUUGUCAGCCUCAAGGCUCGAGGAACCUGGCAGGGUCUCGGAAACCUUGUUUACGCUACCGGUGCUGCUAUGGGUGGUCCCCUCGGCGGUGCCCUUGCUGACGGCGGUCUCGGCUGGCGAUGGGCCUUCCUGAUCCAGGUGCCCCUCUGCGUCGUCCACUUUGUUGUCGUCUCGUGGAAGAUCGACAUCCCCGCUGGACCUGGUAGCAUGAUCGAGAAGAUCAAGCGCAUCGACGCUCUGGGCUCGCUCUCGCUCGUCACCUCGGUCACGCUCAUCCUUGUCGGUCUCAGCCUGGGCGGCAACGAGCGCGAGUGGUCCGACUCGCUCGUGCUCGGCUCUCUUAUCGGUGGUUUCGCCGUGCUGGUUGUCUUUGUGCUGAUCGAGCGCUACGUCGCUCGCGAGCCGCUGAUGCCCAUGUCGGUGCUCUUCAACCGCACGCCUGGCUUUGUCGCUCUCGCCUGCUGGUUCAUCACCAUGUCUCAGUUCGGUAUCAUUUUCAACGUGCCCAACUACUUUGAGAAUGUCGAGCAGACCGCCAAGUCGUACGCCGGUCUCCACCUCAUCCCCAAUGCCAUUAUUGCAUCGUCCUGCAGUCUUGGUAGUGGUCUCAUGAUGGCUCGCACGGGCAGGUACCGCAAGAUGCUGCUCCUCGGCGGAUUCUUCGGCUUCCUGGGUCCGCUCAUGAUGUGCUUCUGGCACCGCGGCACGAGCGAGUUCUUCUACUGGGCUACCAUGCCUUGGGGUGGUGCCGCUUACGGUUCCAUCCUGACCAUCACCUUGGUUGCUCUGAUCGCUUCCGUCGACCCCAAGGACAUGGCUGCCGCUACGGGUGUCACCUACCUCUUCCGCGCCACGGGCUCCGUCCUCGGUAUCUCGCUGUCCAGCGCUAUCCUGCAGAACAGCCUGCAGAAGAACCUCGAAAAGACCGACAUCCCGCACAAGCUCAUCCAGGCCAUUCGUCAGGAUGUCAGCACCAUCAAGGAGCUCAGCAAGCCUCUGCGCCUGGCUGCUAUCGGCGCGUACGAGCAGUCGAUGCACACUGUCUUCAUCGCCAUCGCCGGUGCUGGUCUGCUGGCUUUCGUUGCUCUCUUCUUCAUCGAGGAGAAGGACCUGCCCGGCAAGAAACCUGCCGCCCCGGCUGCUGCUCCCGCUCGUCGCUAG